UAUCAGUUAUGUUUGCAUAAUGAUAGCGAAAUAUUCUUUAUUGAAAACACCAAUAAUAACACAAAUAAUGAUAUUUUAUGCGAAAUACUCGAUGACAUCAAUUUCAGUGCCGAUGCUCUCAACCAACAGAUUAUGGAAAUAGAGAGCACUGUUUCCAAAGAUUUCAUUGAUAACAUUGUAGACAAUAGUUUUGAUGACACGAUGAAUGACCAGCAAAUUGGUGUAUAUAAUAAUUGCGAUGAAAUUAAUUCACAAACGGGUUAUAAUGUGUCAAACGAGACGAUCGAAAAGGCCGUAGAGUUUGCCGUUUCAGUGAUACCUAUCGCGAGACCUCUAAGUGAAUGCAAAACUGGUUUCAAUGAAACGGAAAUGUAUUUACUGAAUGAUUUGAUGAAAUACACUCAGUUUCUGGGCGCCCCGAUGAGCACUAACAUAAAAUUCUUGGACACUAUGUAUGAUAUUCAUCAGUCAUUUGCCACCAAAUAUGACACAGCCAUCAGAGUUCAGACCAAAGCUGUCAAAAGGUUGUCCGCAUUCAGAACUAUUUGCUGUGAUGACCAGAUCUCACUACUGAAGUACGGGUGCUUUGAUAUCAUAUUCUUGAAGUCUAUCAUGUAUUUUGAUUACACGAAUAAUACUCUCAAAGUUCCCAUGGAGUGGAUAAACAAUAGGGAGGGACGGGCUAUGGAUAAGAAUAAAAUUCUCAACAAUUUAGUCUCCGAUAACAGCAAUGAAUGCACGGAUUCUGUGUCAACGAAAAAGUCAAAACUAAACGAAAUCUUAGUUAACAAUAAUAGUGACAAAGAUUUUGUCGAUGAGAUACUCGACAGGAACAGCUUUAGCCCAGAGAUACUAAACCAACAAAUUAUGGAAAUUGAAAACAAUAUAACAAACGACAUAAUGACAGAUAACGACAUGAAUAAUGAAGCAACAAAAAACGCUUUUAAUUAUUUUAGUUACGAUACACCAGACACAUGUCUUAGCGAUAGCGAUAAUAGCGACAAAAACAGUGUAAUUACUACUGAGACAAAUGCUGUCAGAGAUGCCAUCAUUCAAAAGACUGUUGAGUUUGAAUUGGCUGUCAUUCCCAUCGCCCGGCCUAUGGCUGAAAACAAAACCAAUUUUAACGAAACAGAAACCCAUAUAUUGAUUGAAUUAAUGACUUCGACAAAAGCCAUGGGAUUACCGCUCACUAAAAAUACAUUAGAGGUGUCAACCAUUCACGACUACUAUCGCACAUUUGUGGUUAAGUUUGAAAAAGGCAUCCGUAAUGUGACAAAAGCCGUGAAAGGGUUGACACCAUUCAAAAAUAUAUGCGAGUCCGACCAGAUAUCCCUGCUAAAAUACGGCUGCAUUGAAGUCCUAAUCAUGAGAUCCAUUCUCUACUUUAAUUACCCCGAAGAGUGCUUUUCAAUUCCUAUGUUUGAAUGCUAUUUCGACUCAAAAUGCGAUAUGAGUUCAGUUACGCGAAAAUUCUGCAAAAAGUGUCGUUUAGACAAAUGCUUUGCUAUCGGCAUGAAAAGGGAGAAUAUAUACGAUGAGCAACAAAAACAAGUGCGAAAAAUGAAAAUAGAAGUGAAUAGGAAGUUGAGAGAGAAAUAUAAGGACAAAAACAUUAUCAAUACAUUGCUAUACUUAAGCAAAACGUCGGACUCCACGCCAAAUAAUAUACUCAUGCGAAUCGGUUCGCCCCAUACGGACAGCCAGUCCUCCACCAGUGAUAUACCGAGCAUUUCAGAUACAAAUCGUUCAGACAUUUCAGAUAUGAAUCAAUUAUUAUGCGGUGAGCUAUUGAAUGAUAGCCAAGAUUUGGUUGAUUUACCAGAAAAUAUGGAUAUUAUUAAUAAAUUCCGGGAAAAAGCCAUUGAAUACGACACCUCUUUGGAUGUGCUCAUCGACAGACACAUCAGUGAUAAUGAAUUGAAUGAACUGGAGGUGAAUAUACUGCGCGACUUAUACACGGCUACGUACGUCAUGAGACACCCCCAGCCCAAGGUGUUCAAGGAAAUCACAAACAUCGACGACUUGACAAAGACUAUGAAUUUGAAGUUUGAGAAAGAGAUCCGCAAUUUGAUCCAAAUGUGCAAAAAGUUGAACACAUUUCGCGAGGUCUGCGAGAACGACAAGAUUGCACUUCUCAAGUACCGGUGCUUUGAGGCCAUUCUCCUGCGAACGGAAUGGGAUUCAGAUCCUAUUAUACUGGAAGCGCUAAUGGCUAUAACCCUGUUCAAUCCCAACUGUCCAAACCUCACCCAUAGGGAAGUUAUUAAAUACCAGCAACAACUUUAUAUGCGUUUACUGCAGAGGUAUUUAAAACACAGAUAUCAGUGGGAGUGUGAGACCAAGUUUACAAAACUCAUGAAUACCGUCACCUUUGCCAACAUUAUGGGCCAAAAACAACGGCUGAACACAUCGGAAAGGGGUCUCAAGGAGUGCGGGCUACUCAUCGCUGAGAUCCUGGAUCUCAAGCCUUAAAUACAUCACUAAUCGCUAGAUAAUUAGAUAUUUGAUAAUACAUCACAUGUAAAAUUCAAACCCAUUUAAUAAAUUGUUUUAAAUAAACUUAA